AUGAUGCUUCAAUACAGAGAAAUGCAUAAUACAGUGGAAAGUGUAUAUCUAUAUACACAAUACAGGGUGCGUGUUUGCAUUGAUAGAUUGCAUUUCUCCAAUCGCCUAAUGUUAAACUUCGCAACACGCCUGUCGAUUUCAUUCACUUGAGUAAAUUGGUCCCGUUUUCUCACAUGCGUCUGUCAAUCAAAUCCCUCCCCCCCCCCCCCCCCCCCCAAAAUACUGCCCGGCGGUCACUCCGGUCCAGGGCAGAGCACUCCCCGAUCACUCCACUGAGCCGCAGAUCGGACCGCCUUCAUUGGCCAGAGUCCCGGCGGAGGGAGCAGCCGAUUGGCGGAGAGGUGAAUUACACGUGAACAGAGUCCUCCAGCUGAGAGGCACCUUUAAAAAGUUUAAGCGGCGUGCAAGAACAAUCGGGCUUUCAGUCUCAGAGCUGCGUUUCGGGUCAGCUCUGGAAACCACGUUUGUAAAAAAUAGUUUCAGGGCAACUGCUGAAAACAGUAGGAUGUUAAUUCUAUAAAGGCACCGAGACUAAUUGCAGAACGGCGCGUUACUGUUCACUGUGAUGCCCAUGCCCCACUGCGCGUCAUCGUAGCCCAGUUCAAGAGAGCCCUGCCGCCCUUCAAGAGUGCCCGCGGCUAUGAGCUGCACGAAAGUUGUGUUUGGUGGCUCCCCGGUCUCCUCGCCGAUGACGCAGAGAGACCUGACCAUGCGCCUCUGCCUGAGCCCGCCUCCUCCUCCCCUCUGCCACUUCCUGAGCUCCUACGAGGAGCUGCGUUCGGCGGGGGUCCCUUCUCUCAAGCCCCUGCGGCCGUGCCUCAACCCCAAGGCCGGCAGCCAGCAGCCCGGGGAGUGGAUGGAGUCCCACAGCGGAAUCGGGGGUGACGGCACCAGCACCAAGAAGAAGCGUGUGGUCUUCGCCGACUCAAAGGGGCUGUCCCUGACGGUCGUGCGAUUCUUCUCCGAGCGUGAGGGCAGCUGCCUGGACCUGCGCCUGGAGAAGCGGGCGGGGCAGGCGAGGAGGGGCUGGGCACAGAGCCCCAGGCUCCAGGAGCGGCUGGAGCACCCGGGAAGGAGGUUCAGUCUGGGAUUCCCGCAGCCCUCCGCCGACUACCUGGCCUUCCGCAACCAGCUCCAGCGGAACCUGGUACGCCUGGAGAACUGCUCCGUCAACGAGCGCUCCCUCAGCGGCACGGUCCGGGUCAAAAACGUGGGCUUCCACAAGGAGGUCCGCGUCCGCAUCACCUUCGACUCCUGGCGCAGCCACCGGGACCUGCCCUGCUCCUACAUGCACCAGACCUACGGGGAGGCCGACAGCGACUGCUUUGCCUUUGACAUCCCCCUCCCCGCGCACCUGGACCCCCGGGAGCGCGUGGAGUUCUGCGUGUCCUUCUGCUCUGGCCCCCACACCGCGUGGGACAACAACGAGGGCAUGAACUUCAGGGUCUUCUGCAUGGGAGACCAGCAGCCCUCCACCCCCUUUUUGCCUCCCCCUUCCCCCAGGCCGCCCUGCAAGUCCCUGGACAAGCUCUCUGAGCUGGAGCCCCUCUCCAGCCCCAGGACUGCCUCGGAACUCCUGUUCUCUCAGUUCCAGAGCUGGGGGAGGCUUGAGAAGGUGGCACCGUACUGGUAG